AUGUCACUCAACGUAGAGCCGGCCGUCGGCAAUUUCCCAGCCACUGGAGGCAAUGCUACGCACAACAUUAUUUCACUUGUCGACACAAGGCUCGCUUUCAAGGUGAAGUCAUCAAACAAUGAUCACUAUCGCGUCCGGCCUGUAUAUGGAUUCGUAGAUGGGAAGGGUACAACGAAGCUUGAGAUCGUACGUCUCACUGGGCCUCCAAAGGAAGAUAAAUUAGUCAUUCAGUGGGCAGAGGUACCAGCUGAAGAGACCGACCCACAAGCUCCAUUCAAAGCAGGUGCACAAGCCGGUGAAGUUAUCUUGCCUCUUAAGGCAGAGUAA